ACGCCCAGGGCUUCCUAUCUGCUUGAAAUGGACUACAGCCGGAUCUGUUGUUAAAGGGGAGGACAGCAAAUGACAGAAGGAAGCCUAGUAGUCCACUCGGCCUUAUGGGAUACGAAAGGUUAUUGAUGUAAUAUAACGUUAAUCUUAAACGAAACCUGGUGUGAGCUGCUUGGAAUGAUGCAUUUUCACCAUGUAAACAAGGCAGAGAGAGGCUGGCCCUCGACGGUCUUUUGAGAGCACCGAGCUCCCCUUAAACGGGUCCAGACCUGCCCUUUAAUUCAGCCUGCUCCUCCGCCAUGUCUCCACUGUCGGCAUAACACAACAGCGGGACCCUCAGCCGCGACACCCCUCGCGCCCUUCUCUGUCCGCCGCGUCACCGGCCAGUGUCUCUCCCCCUGCCAUGCACCGGGUCACCUCGCUGCUGCCUGCCCUGCUGUUCGUUCUCCUGCCGGGCCCGAGCCGGGGCUAUUUCCCCGAGGAGCGCUGGAGCCCCGAGUCUCCGCUCCUCGCUCCCCGGGUCGUCAUCGCGCUGGUCUGCCGCAACUCGGCGCACUCUCUGCCGCUGUUCCUCGGUGCCAUCGAGCGUCUCAACUACCCGAAGGACCGCAUUGCUCUGUGGGUGGCGACCGAUCACAACAUAGAUAACACCACAGUCAUCCUGAGAGACUGGCUUAUCAAGGUGCAGAAUUACUAUCACUAUGUGGAGUGGAGACCUGAAGAUGAACCCAGUGCCUUUGAAGACGAGGUGGGGCCUAAGCAAUGGAAUAAUCUCCGUUAUGAACAUGUGAUGAAGCUCCGCCAGGCAGCGCUGGACACCGCCCGCGAGAUCUGGGCCGACUACGUCUUGGUGGCUGACUGUGACAACCUGCUCACAAAUCGGGAUGUGCUGUGGAAACUGAUGAGCGAGAACAAGACCAUUGUAGCUCCCAUGUUGGAGUCCAGAGCUGCAUACUCCAACUUCUGGUGCGGCAUGACUUCACAGGGUUAUUACAAGCGUACACCGGCCUACAUGCCCAUCCGCAAGCAGGAGCGUCGUGGCUGUUUCGCUGUACCGAUGGUCCACUCUACCUACCUGGUGGACCUGCGGAAAGAGGCCUCCCAUCAGCUGGCUUUUUAUCCACCCCACCCAGAGUACAGCUGGGCCCUGGAUGACGUCAUCGUCUUUGCCUACUCAGCUCGCAUGGCAGAUGUGCAGAUGUAUGUGUGCAACAAAGAAACAUAUGGGUAUUUCCCAGUGCCAGUGCGCUCCCAUGCUACCUUGCAGGAUGAGGCGGAGAGCUUCUUGCACACACAGCUUGAGGUCAUGGUGAAAAAUCCCCCGUUGGAGCCCUCCAGCUUCCUGUCUCUUCCUCCCAAGCAGCCUAACAAGAUGGGCUUUGAUGAGGUGUUCAUGAUAAAUCUGGUGCGGAGAUCUGACCGUCGGGAGCGAAUGCUAAAAACUCUGUACGAGCAGGAGCUCAGUUGUAAGGUUGUUGCUGCUGUGGAUGGCAAAGCUCUGAACAUAUCUGAGAUAGAGACGAUGGGGAUUAAGAUGCUGCCGGGGUACAAAGAUCCAUAUCAUGGUCGUCCUCUCACCAAGGGUGAACUGGGUUGUUUCCUCUCUCAUUACAACAUCUGGAAGGAGAUAGCGGACCGUGGUCUGCAGACCUCCCUGGUCAUCGAGGACGACCUCCGCUUCGAGGUGUUUUUCAGACGUCGUCUCCAGACGCUGCUGCAGGAGGUGACGACACACAAGCUGGACUGGGAUCUCAUUUACAUCGGACGGAAGCGCAUGCAGGUGGACCAUCCUGAGAAGUCGGUACCCAACAUACACAAUCUGGUGGAGGCUGACUACUCAUACUGGACACUAGGCUACAUGUUGUCGUUACAAGGAGCUCAGAAGCUCCUCAGAGCCGAACCUCUGCGCAAGAUGCUGCCUGUCGACGAGUUCCUCCCUGUCAUGUACGACAAACAUCCAGUUUCAGAGUACAUGGACCACUUCGAGCGUCGCGACCUGCUUGCGUUUUCUGCCGAGCCUCUUCUGGUCUAUCCAACCCAUUACACCGGAGACCUCGGCUACAUCAGCGACACGGAAACGUCGGUGGUCUGGGACAACGAGACGGUCAAAACCGACUGGGACCGAGCCAAGUCGAGGAAAACUCAGGAGCAGGAGGAGCUGAGCUUCGAGGCCCAGAAUUCUGAUGUACUGCAGUCUGAACUGGAGAACUGGAGCGCACGGGACGAGUUGUGAUGAAGAAGAGAGGACGUGAGGGGGAGUGAGAGAAAGGUAUACAGAGAUAAGGAUCAGGGAGAUAGAACAAAGCUGUGAUCGUGGGGGAAAUGGGUAAGAGGGAAGGAAUAGAACAGAAAGCAGAAGAGGGAGGAAAGGCAGAGUAGAUGGACACAAGGCUGACGAGGGACAAAUGCUUUUCCUUGUACAGGUCUCUCUCCACUAUUUGAUCUUUCUCUGAGGAGAGGAGGUUAGACGCAGUGUUAACUCUUGAAGAGUCAGCAAGCAGCUUUUGUUUUAUUUAUUGCAUCCAACGCACAUCCCUUGACCACCGCCUGGUCCAUUAACAGUCCCAUUAUUUUUAUUAUCAUUUUGCCCUGACUCGUCCCAUACAUUAUUCUAAAUGAAUUCCCCAUUGAGAGCUAUUGCUAAAUAAAACUGUUUCAGAUAUGCAGUAUUCCUCUAACAUGUCUCUUAAUGACUGCUGGUAGCAUUUUAACUGUCCAGCAUAAUUUCACGUGACCAAAGUUUCACAUAUUAAAGCUGCAGUAUGUUUUGGGUUUAAAAUGAGAACUUCUAAAAUAUAAAACAUGACAUUACAUCUCUUUUUGACUAAAAAAUCAUCUUAUGAACCCUCACAUUUAUCUUGUGAGACUUGGUAGGGGUGCCAACCCCAGGUUGGAAACCACUUCUGUCUUCUUCUCUUCUUCUUCUAGUGACUCCUAACUCCCUGCAGUUUAGGGAGUUAGUUUAGCUCCAAGUAGCUAGUGUGUUAUUAAUUAUACAUUUUUUGAGGUUAUUACUUAACCUUACUCAUUGUUUAACUCCUGAAUAUAUCAGUGUUUCCCUCUAUUUUACCUUCACACUUUUACAACAGCAGUUUGGUUUAGUGUUUCAGUUUUUUUUUCCCUCUCACUACAUAUUGCAGUUUUAACCCAGACUUGCAGCUUUUGUUGCAUUUUUAUUGGUGAAGAUCAGAAAAACAGACUAUAGAUUUUGAGUAGCAUUUCAGGUCUUGUCUCUCCUCUGUGUGUACAAAGUGUGUCAUUUUUUACCA